CACUUUCGCCAACUCUUCCUAGACCUUCGCCAUCGCCAUCGCCACCGCCAUGUCGGAGACCGCUCCCGCCGCGCCCGCCGCCGCGCCCCCCGCGGAGAAGACCCCCGUGAAGAAGAAGGCGGCCAAGAAGCCCUCCGGGGUGCGCCGCAAGGCGUCCGGGCCGCCCGUGUCCGAGCUCAUCACCAAGGCGGUCGCCGCCUCCAAGGAGCGCAGCGGCGUGUCGCUGGCCGCGCUCAAGAAGGCGCUGGCGGCCGCGGGCUACGACGUGGACAAGAACAACAGCCGCAUCAAGCUGGGCCUCAAGAGCCUGGUGAGCAAGGGCACCCUGCUGCAGACCAAGGGCACCGGCGCCUCGGGCUCCUUCAAGAUCAGCAAGAAGGCGGCCUCCGGGGAGGCCAAGCCCAAGGCCAAGAAGGCGGGCGCGGCCAAGCCCAGGAAGCCCGCGGGCGCGGCCAAGAAGCCCAAGAAGGCCGCGGGCUCCGCCACCCCCAAGAAGAGCGCCAAGAAGACCCCGAAGAAGCCCAAGAAGGCGGCGGCGGCGGCGGCGGCUGCGGGAGCCAAGAAAGCGGCCAAGAGCCCCAAGAAGGCCAAGGCCGCCAAGCCCAAGAAGUCGGCCAAGAGCCCGGGCAAGGCUGUGAAGUCCAAGGCCGCCAAGCCCAAGGUUGCCAAGGCCAAGAAGGCUGCCCCCAAGAAGAACCAAGAGCUCGCCUACCUGGUGGUGCUGGCAGUAGCCAGUUAUGCGGACACCAAGGUGCAGAGAAAGAACCAGGCACUCCCUCCAGGCCCAGAUAAGCAGCAAAACCAGCCAUGGCUGACCUUAGGACCAGCUGCGAUGAAUAAUGCCCCCCUGCUCUGGUGCCUGCCAAUCCAUCAGUGCAGACCACAACCCUGAAUGGACGCUCCUGAAUAUUCUAUCAAGAUGUGUCCCUGGGACCUCCCCUAAAAUCCCAGCCUUUAAAGCCCUUAGGAUGGAGGACCCAGUGCUCGCUCUCUCCAGAGCACACCCUUCCCCUGAUGGCAGGAGUAAUGGUGUUCAGGAGCCUCUAAAGUACACUCAAACCCUGUUGUCUGACUGAAUUCAACUGAACAGGACACAAGGAGAUAGUCAACACUGCUUCUGACAAUUAAAACAAGGUUCAAUUAUUUGAGAAUUCCAUGAAAAAUUGAGAUCCAAUAAAAAGCUACCAUUAGCUUCUGUCUAUGCGGUGGAACUUUACUAUGUAAAUGUCAUAAGGAAUCCAGAGAAAGACAACUACCCUAUGCUCUCACAUGCGGAACCUAAGGAACAAAACUGACAGGAUAAGAAGAGGCAUGAACACAGGGAACAGUCUGACAGCUGUGGGAGGGGAGGCCUGGGGGUGGUGGUGGGAGAAGCAAGGUGAAGGGAUUAGGGAAAGUACUU